GGGUGCAGUUCCUCAUCCACUUCGGUUGGUGGCAGUAGAGGCGCCGUGAACAGACAGAGACCACGAAGGAGAUUAUUGACGUUAGCUGUUUCAGCUGUUGUGUCACGGAAGUUUGUUUCUGAACGGAGUUAAAGCUAUGUAAAUAAAGUCCUGCCGCUAUUGUCAUCAGAAAAAAGUAAGAGUGACUCAAAUUAAGUCAUUAAAACUGUUUACAUCGUUCGGCGUGUUUAGCGUACACAGAAUCUGUGUUAGCGAGCUAGCUAGCUGCGUUAGCUUUGUCAACAACUGCAAAAAGCUGAUGAAUGAACUCGUCAGCUGUGCUCACGUUUGUCAGUGUUUGUUGUUUAUUAGAGGUGUGACGUUAAAUAACAAGCUUAAGAAGAAAAUAUUCGUUUAUUUUCGUCCCCAUGUGGUUAAAUUUGUCAGUCAUGAUGAAAGAGAGUUUAAGAGAGAGCUGAACAGAUAUAUUAGUGAAUAGGGGAGAGUGGGGUAGGUUGAUACUUCUGUAAAAAGCAGAAAAAAAACUAUGAUUGCCUUGAUGUAGUGAUCCGAAAUAUGAAAAAUGGCUCAUCUUACCCCACUCUCCCCUAUAUAUAUAUUCAUUAUUGUUUAUAUUGUCUUACAGGUAUGAACCGUAAACGGGCUCUGAUUUCAGACACUUUUAAGAUCAAGAGAAGAAGAAAUGGCACAGAACAGUUUGGGGUUGACUGUAAAGAAGACGGUAUGUGUGACCGCUGAAAAAUCUGUAAAACCUCACAAGGAUCUAGGAUUCAUUAUGUCCUUUUCUCCCCCAUAAAGGACCAACUGAUAUCAGAUCCACCCUUGAGUAUCUCAUGACGCUGUUCCCCAGGAAGCUCUUCAAUGACUCUUUACCACUAAUUGUCCUGAAGCACCAGCUCUACAGCGUACAUCAUGACAAGACUUUGGUGGACAAGGAGCUGGUAAAGUGAUCCUUCACUUUUAGAAAGUUAAUUUGUUUCACUGUAAAUAUGAAAAUGUAACACACACCUCUUGUUUUGGCCCACAGAAUAAACUCAGAGAACAGGGAGAGCUGCUGAUGUUCCAGCUGGGGUUCGACACCGAAGCUUUCGGGCUGAUUUUUGCCUCGGAUUACAAGACCAAAGUGCUGGCUGGAGAGGAAGGCCGAGAGACGAGAGCGACAGUGGAGAGGUUCUUGGAAAAGGUGGUGUCUUCUUGCACCGACCUGAGCUUCAGCAAGGACAAGAUGCUGAGACAGUUCCUCUUCACAGACACGGAAAUAACGUAACUUAAGACAAUAUUUAAAUUCUAGUGUACCUUUUAAUAAUCAGUCAUGUCAUUUUUUAGCCGUUUUUCAAGUGUUCUUGAAGCAGAAGCACUCACUUUACUUUCUAACAAUCCAGGCAGCUUGUCAAGUCAGGGGUCCUGACUGUGAGGGACGCAGGCAGCUGGUGGCUCUCCAUUCCCAACUCUGGCAAAUUCACCAAGUACUUUAUACAAGGUGGGUGUUCAGGAAGACACACACCACCCUUUAUUAGAGUUUUCAAGGCACCAUUUUAGUAAAAACAUCUAGUUAUUUCACAUUUCUUCCCCAAUGACAGGAGUGUUUGUUUCCAACUCUGUCUUUCUGUCUUUCCGGGUAGGUCGUAAAGCUGUGCUCGGCAUGGUGAAGAAGUCCAAAUAUAGCGAGGUCUUAAAAGCAGAACUUGAGGAGCGGCGAACGAAUGUUCAAGUGAAAUUCCCCAUGAAAUACCUCAUCCAUGAUAUUGUUGGUGCAGAGCUGGUAGAAAGGUAACGCUCGGUGGUAUUAAAUCUGAAAGGGUUUUGUGCUUCUUAAACAGCAUUAGACUUAAUAUCUGCUCUGGAUUACUAAAACCCUUAAAAACAUAAUAAAGUUGGUCUUUCUCUGUCAGAAAAUGUGCAUUAAUCCGCAGCUGUGAUUGUUUAAAAUCAAAUCUUAGUGCUGUUUUUCAGCCACUAUCUUGAACCUGAAAUUUCACCUGCAGGUAAUGCGAGUCGGCGUUUUAAUUUUCCUUGUUUGUUUUCUUCCCAGCAUACCGACAACAUCGGGGCCGUUGUUGAGAUUUGUUGAUUCCUGAGUCACCACAGCAGGACAGACUGAUCAGAGCUCACUGCACCGCAGUGAAAGACUGAGGAUGAAAAAUGCAUUAAAUGUAGAAAAGAGGAUUUGUGUCAUCAUUUAAAUUUAAGUUUACAGAAUCUGAUUCUGUGCCAAACGUAUAAAACCUUGUGGGUUUAUGAAUUGUCUAAUAUGUUGACAUGUCUUUGUCAUGUUUUUGUUUGUCUUGAAAUAAAUAUUUUUUACCUGUAAGAGGUAUGACUGGAA